GGCACCUCAAAGCCAAAACUUAUUUUUAAAGGAUAUUUGAAUUGUGCGAACAUGAUUAUAAUUCAUGCUGUAAUUUGUAAUUUGACAUGAUCCAUGGGGCUUCCCGACCCAGGUGGGACUUGAACCCACAAUCCCCAGCUCCGGAGGCUGAUGCCUUAUCCAUUAGGCCACUGGGCCACAUCUUGGUAUGUAACGGUGUUUCUCACAGCACUUGAAAACCACAAAAUCAGUUUUUUUUAAUGAAUGCCUGGAGAUCAAUGGCAGGAGAUGCUUUCUCCCCACAACUUCCCCUAUUUACCAUUUACCAACUGUCAUAUUUAUUGAUAAUAUUACAACCUUCAAGAGUUUCAAUGAAUUUCCUGCUAGUGAAGUCAAUUCAAACACAUAAAGAAACACAGUGCAAACCAAAUUACAAAGUUAAACAGUUUUUGGUAACAGUCGGACUUCAGAUGUUUUGUUAGUUUAAAGAUGCAUCAUUUUAGGUUUUGCUUGUUGAUUGUUAAUUUCCAUUGAUGUACAGAAAAAGAACCCGAGACAUGUUCAGUCUUGGUUUAUUUUUUUCCUCUGAGCAUUUCAUGGGACAUCCACUGCUACACAACUGGCGAAGCAUUAAAAAUGCUUUUCAAUUGUGAAUAAUCCUCCCACUGGUAGAAUGUUGAACACCACACUGUUUGGAAGUAGGUUUAUCUUUUUAGGCCUUUACAGACUAAUAUACAGUAAUAAUUACAUCUCAAAGACCAUUCCUUAUGCUUUUCUUUCUUAGCAUUGUACUAACACAUAUGUUAAUGCUGCAGAUCAGCAAAUGUAAUUCAAAGCUAAGUAAUAACUCUGAACUACUUGCUGCACAACAAUUUUACAAACUUAGGGGGUCCCAGAAAAAUUGAUAUUGAUUUUUAUGUCCGAUUUUUCCAUCCAGUCGUCACUUCAGACACCCAAAUGCUCUCAAGCACAAAAUAACUGAUUUCUUGCGUAACAUUUCCCCACAUACACUUUUAUAAUGGUACUCUUCAUGCUAUGUGCUUCUUAAGAUGAAACUGUAUGGUUAAGUGCACAAUUUGGACAUUUUCUUCCAUUGAUUUAAAUGCUCUAAGAUGUCUUCACACCUGAAUACAUUCAACAAGGUGAAUUUCUUAUGAGCUUGGUGGCUUAAUUCACAUUCAUCACUUUUACCAACUAAUCUGUUGGUUGGAAACAGCAUACAAAGUUUCUGACUUCUCCUUUGGCAAAUUUUUAUGGAAUUUUCUGGCUCUGAAGUGCCGAGGGUAUCUUUUAUUAUCAAAUAUGUAUAUUUUUAUACAAUAGUUGUCUUGUUAGCUUCAUCAUGCGUGUACAACUGAAUUUGAUAUUUUAAUUUUCAGCAGCUGUAUUUAUAAUAUUAUCCAGAAAGUUCCACCUGCUUGUAAGUUGCUCUGACAUGAUGUCGUGUUCAAGAAUACAUGGUUGAUUGUGUCCUGCCGUGUGGCUUGUAAUCAAGCUGAUUGAUGAAAGACUCAUCAAAAACGCCCACCACAGCUCCGGGUCAGCGUCUGACAGAGCUACUUGAUCUGAUGGGUCCCCCCAUGUUCACUAAUUUAAAGUUGUCUGCAUGCCAUUGACUCCCUGAUGGACUGCUCUGCUGCGUGACGGACAUCAGGAAGGCUCCAAAUCCAAACAAGCAUUCUGAAAGGGACCAGGGGUUUUAAAGAGUGGGAGGAGGAUGAGGAGGAGGAGAAGGAGGAGGAGGAGGGGAGGAUGGGUGAUGCAUCCUGUGUUCUGGGAUCACUGAGUGAGUGACGUUCUUGAUUCAUCAUCCAAGUGCCUGAAGAGCAGCAUGGAUACAUAUAUAAGCUGAGGCAACACCUGCUCUUCAAUAACGACUUCAAACCUCCACCAACUGACCUCAGCCUGCUUACCAAAGUUCAGGACUGCCGUGCGUUUCAGGUGUCCUAAAAAAAAAAAGGAAAGUGAAGUGUCCUCCCCGGUGCCUUGCCAGACUCCAGAGCAUGCUGUGUGUGAGCGCGGCUGAUGCGCGGCGCUGCGUGCUGAGCGCGGCUCUGCUGCUCCUGCUCUCCUCCUGCCUCAGCAUCAGCUCAGCAUCAGCUCACAGUACCACCGUGGAGCACGACUUCCACAUCGUUCACAACGUUGACAAUAGAAGUCCAGAGAUAGACCCAUUCUGGUAUGUGGGCCGUGGGGUGAGACCCAUCGGCCGAUUCGGGAAGAGACACAGCAGCGUGGAAGAGCUGGGGAGAGGCGAGGUACAGCCUGUCGUCAGGACAUUGGAGCUGCUGCUCAACAGCCUCAGAAAUAAGGAGGACCUGGGAAAAGUACUCGAUGGAGAGGAAAGCGAUUGGUUGCCAUGACGAGGUGUUCUCCUCCCCCAUCCCUCCAAAAGUUUAUAGUGUUUUCCUUCUCGUUUUUCCAUAAUUGAACUUGUACAUUCUUUUACUUCCAACCUCGUCUGUCAUGGCGUUUUGGAGAAGUCAUUCUCCAAAAGCAUCUGUACAUAAAAAUGCAUUAUAUAUUGAUUAAUAAA